AUGUCAGCUGUUCGCUCCGACUCCCUUGUGGAGGGCGUUGUGUCAGUCUCAGGCCACGAUGCCCUCGAUGAGAAAACCACUGUCAAUGUGAUCACCAAAAAUGAACAUCAACUCACCACUACAUCCUUCGAGUCUGGCGAAGAUGGGGAGGACCAUGGUAAUGAAGAUACAAUUAUCGUCAAUGGUGCCGAUGCGGCAACGUAUUUGCUUCCACUGCGGGACGAUCAUGAUCCAGCUUUGACAUUCAGAAGCCUCGUCUUAGCCUCCGGUCUCGCCUGCUUCCAGGCGGUCAUGUACCAGAUCUACAUGUUCAAACCGACCUCGAUUACCAUUCAAGGAACCUUCAUCGUCCUCAUUUCUUACUUUGUCGGAAGGGCAUGGGCAAAGUUCCUCCCCCGCGGAGAAAAGUUCGAGGCUCGAUGGAGGGCAAACGGCGGCCAAGGCAAGCUUCCCUGGUACAUCACUGUUAUCAAAUUCAUCAACACUGGGCCUUGGACAUUGAAGGAACAUGCAAUCUGCUCCAUCACGGCCACAAGUGCUUCAAAUGCCGCCGCCUCCUCCCAAGUUUUCGCAGCACAGGAGCUGUUCUAUGAUAUGUCACUGACUCCGACAACCGUCAUAUUGAGUACCAUUUCUAUUGGCCUGUUUGGUUACGGAAUUUGUGGAAUCAUGCGUCCCAUUGCGGUCUGGCACGUUGAUGCAGUCUACUGGAGUACUUUGCCUACUGUCAAAGUCCUCCAAGGGCUUCAUUGGCAGGACCUGAAGAAUUCAAAGCCACUGAGAUACUUCUGGUAUGCUUUUACCGGCAUGAGUCUCUAUGAAAUCUUCCCUGCCUAUAUCUUCGUUUGGCUCAACUCUGUCUCCAUCCCGUGUCUGGCAUCUAUGAAGGCUACUGGUAGUAAGGCUGCUGUUCUUACGAAUCUAUUCGGAGGGUCCUUGAACAAUGAGGGUCUUGGUCUUUUCAAUAUCUCCUUCGACUGGCAAUACAUCACCUCUUUUCAAACCUCUCUUCCUCUUACGCUUCAGGCUCACCAAGCUGCCGGAUUUGUAGUUUGCUUUAUCGCUAUGCUCGGCAUCUACUACGGAAAUGGCUGGGGCGCAAGAUCGCUUCCCUUCAUGUCGACAAAGCUCCUCCAGAGUAACGGAACCGCAUACCCCGUCGCUGAUGUUUUCGUUGGCGGCGUGCUCGAUGAAGAGGCCUUACUCGAGUAUGGCCUACCCAAACUGACCGGAACUUUUGCUUUUGCCAUGUUUAUGGCCAAUGCCGCUAUUGGCGCUCUUAUUGUUCAUUGCUUCCUCUUCUGGGGCAAGGACAUCUAUGCCGCGUUUAAAAAAGCCAGGGAAGGUCGGUAUGAUGAUCGCCACCACGAGCAUAUGACCAGGCACUAUAAAGAAGCACCUUGGUGGUGGUAUGCGGUUAUUCUGGUCGUUAGUUUUGUCCUUGGUCUUAUUGUUGUCAUCAAGGAGAACAUUUCGCUCCCAGUCUGGGCAUACAUUGUCUCCUUGAUUGUUGGAAUCAUCAUUUCGCCCUUCAGCACUAUCUUGUACUCUCGCUACGGCAAUGGUAUUGCAACCAACAACCUCUCGAAGAUGCUGGCGGGUCUGAUGAUUCCUGGACGUCCUGUUGGAAACAUGUAUUUUGCGGCUUGGUCGCACAAUGUCAUCUCCAAUGCGGUUAACCUGUCCAACGAUCUAAAGAUGGGCGAAUAUCUGAAAAUUCCCCCUCGUGUCAUGUUCUUGACUCAAAUCUGGGGUACAAUUCUUGGCGGGUUUGUCAACUACGCUAUGAUGAUCUCAAUUGUCAGAGAAAACAAAGCAGUUCUCGAAUCAUCAAGUGGCAGUAACUCCUGGAGUGGUGCUACUAUGCAGGCCUACAACACUAAUGCAACUUCCUGGGCUCUUGCCUCCUAUCUUUACAAGAUGGGUGGUGAGUACUGGAUGGUUCCUAUUGGUAUUGCUAUUGGUGGUGCUGCUGUUAUUGCCCAUCGCAUCUUCUACUAUUUCGUUCCUAAAAUUCGUGGAUUUGACGUUGCCGAUAUCAACAUGCCUCAGUUCAUUCAAUACGCUGGCUACAUCCCUUACAACCAGAGUCAGACCUGUGUUCUCUUCAGCUGGGUCAUCUGCGGCUUCUACGUCCAAUACUAUUUGCGUAAUUAUCGACCUCGAAUCUUCAAAGAUUAUUCCUACCUGAUUACUGGUGCAUUUGAUGGUGCAAGUCUGACUGUGUUGUUUAUUCUCAGCUUUGCGGUUUUUGGAGCCGGAGGUGCUUCCCACGCCUUCCCAAAUUGGUGGGGUAAUAACGCCGAUGGGAACUAUGAUCUCUGUCCCUCUAGUUAG